UUAGAACUGUGCGCUUUUGGCGGUAUGUAUCCCCACUCUCGUGCGAUAAAUGAGGUUUGAAUGAAUGAACUUGGCGAAACUCUCGGGUUCGUGUACCGAACGAUCGAUGUCGGUAGUUCAUGAAUUCCUUGUUGAAGUUGGAAUAGCGUCCGUAGGCCAACAUUCGUCAGUCAGCUAUUGGAAAUCGUAAACGGCGAACGUGUAUGCGCCAGUGUUUGUGAAUCGACAUUCGGAAUUACGAAACGGAACUCGGUCGAGACCCGUCGGUAUUCUGACCAUUUCGAACCGUGUGUGUGUGUGUUAGUGUUGAAAGCUUACAGCAAAAGAAAAGGAAAUAAAUUUUAAUAAAAAGAAGGCAGUUGACAGUGUUGUUGGUGCAAAAAAAAAUAUUUUUUUUUUUUCAUAAAAAGGCUAAAAUUGUAUAAAAAAAUUAUUUCAUCAAAAAAGGCAAAAAAUUUUACUAAAACAAAUGUGUUAAUAUAGUGAGAAUUCUGAAGCUUAUAAGCAUGGUACUGGUGGUACCGUUUGUUCACGUGAAAGUAAGAAUGUUAAAGCAUACGGUACCCCUUACUAUGGUCGUACGAAGCAAGGAUUAUACACGCUGCUGAAAGGAUAGUCUAGUGUGGCGUUCACGAUGUUUAGUGCCGCUGGUGGGGAUCAUCUUAGUGGGACCGCCCUGCGAGAGGAUUACAAUUACGGGCGUACCGGUCAGCAGAUGUUGCUACUGGCUAGUCGCCAAAAUGCUAGCAGUUUGGACGAUUCCGACAGUUCGUUCAACGCGGAUAAGGCGUUACUAAUGAGCGUACCUACGGUUGGUGUGCUGCUGAUGACUGCCACUUACGGCCCCUACAUGGAGAUACCACCAAUGGACCGGACGACGGUCAGUACGCCCGCUGGCAUACCGCUCGGUGUGAACGAAUCUUCCGUCCACUAUCAGCAAACAACCGUCCACUCACUACCCGGGGAUACGGGCACCUUGUCACCGGUGCUUGAAUUUGACCAGCAAACGUUCGUCUACUAUGCGGAAGUGUUAAGCGUGAUCAACUUCUACUACGUACCGGCCCUCGUACUGUUCGGUAGCAUCGGUAACGUACUGUCGGUGCUGGUAUUUUUCAAAACCAAACUACGCAAACUUUCCUCCUCGUACUAUCUCGCGGCGCUCGGGCUGAGUGAUACCUUCUACCUGAUCGGCCAGUUCGUUGCGUGGCUUAAUUUGGUCGAUUUGAAAAUCUACAUCCAGGAAAUUUGCUGCCGAUUCUUCACCUUUUCCAGCUCGCUGUGCUGCUUCCUGUCCGUCUGGUUUGUGGUCGCGUUCACCGUCGAGCGUUUCAUUGCGGUGCUGUAUCCGCUUAAGCGCCAAACCAUGUGUACGGUACGGCGCGCAAAGAUCGUUAUCUUCGCCCUGACAAUCGCUGGCAUUUUCAUCAGCUUGCCGAUCUUUUUCUUCGCCUCACCACAGUUCUCCGCCUCCAUGAAUGACACCAUCUGCGAUAUAGUGCAAGAGUACAAAGAUCAGGCAACGAUGUUCAACUUUCUCGACUUUAUACUGGUGUUUGUGGUACCGUUUACGAUAAUUGUCGUACUGAACACGAUCACCGCCCUGACGGUGUGGAAGUUUGCCAGCAUUAGACGCACGAUGACGAUACCGAGAAGUUACGGUGCGAACGUGCGCGAAUCCCGCCGACAGCUGAACAUAUCGAGCAACCAACUGUAUGGCAAUGGUACCGUCCCCGUCCAGCAGAUACAGCUACUCAGUCGUAGCCGGGUUGCGAAUUCCCAAAUAAAGGUUACCAAAAUGCUGCUUAUCGUUUCGACCGUGUUCGUUUGCCUCAACCUACCAAGCUACAUUGUUCGCGUAAAGAUCUAUCUGGAGACGGAACACACGAACAUGAACAUAUAUCUGGUGCAGAACUGUUGUCAACUAUUUUUCAUGACGAACUUCGGCAUCAACUUCAUACUGUACUGCGUCAGUGGCCAGAACUUUCGGAAAGCGAUUUUUGGCAUGUUUCAAAAGCGUACCCAGCGGCAAAUAAAUCUCGAGCAUACCUCCGGUACCCAGGUCACAGAGUUCGUCCUACGCUCGAAUGGUUCGAAGAUGCGACGGAACACUACGACCAUACAGGACAACGCCGAGAUGGCAACGUGGCGGGAGCUUACCGACUAUGAAAUUACAAACUUCAUUAAGUAGUAGCCAAGCUCUGUGGGCUGUGGUCGUCUUGGGCACCAGCCAAGGCUCAGUUAAAUAUGCCAAACUAGUUGCACAACACGAAAACAGAUGGCUGGUGCUGGUAAUAUUGGCGGGGUGAUAUUUUAAGUGUGCCGAAACCGUGUGCGGAAAGUUGUUUAAAGGGUUCUUAGUAAGUGGGUGACACAUUACAAAACGGUGUAUAUAAUGCUGCAAAGCGGAUGGUAUAAAAUAUACAUCAGUAUUUAUUUAUUUUUUACACAUUCAAAACAUAAAA